AGCGAGCAAGCCGCGGUAAUUCGAAAUCAUGGUCUAUGAACAGGCGCAAUUCUGGACCGGCCUUCUGCGUUUUUCAUUCCCCAAUUUCAGCUAUUCUUCCCUUUGACUGCUACAAUCGUCAAGAUGGGUGUCUCCUCAGUGACGGCCCUCCUGUUCCUCUCUAGCAUUGUCGCCGCAUAUCUUCUCGGUCGUCUUCUACGCCCCCAGGACGAUAGACUGCCCCUCCCCCCAGGACCGAAGGGCCUCCCUUUUCUGGGAAAUAUCAAUGACUUGCCCAAGCCGGGCAUGUUAGAGUGCCACCACUGGCUGAAACAUAAGGAACUCUAUGGCCCAAUCAGCUCAGUCACGGUGUUAGGGCAGACAUUCGUAAUAAUCAACGAUGCGCAGAUAGCGCUUGAGCUGCUACGGGACCGUUCAGCUAUGCAUUCUGGGCGGCCACAUAUGAUCUUCAGUAGCGACAUGAUUGGCUGGAAGAACACCCUGGCCUUCAGCGGUUAUACCGACACCUUCAGACUGCAUCGCAAGAAUAUUGCUAGUGUCGCAGGUAGCACUGUUUCCCUUUCUAUCUUUGACCGUGUACAGGAAGAAGAAGCGGUGCACUUCCUACUUAAUCUGCUCUCCUCUCCAGAGAACCUUUUCGCCCAUAUUGAAAAGGAAGCUGGCGCUGUGAUCUUGAAAAUCACCUAUGGGUACACAGCUGAAGCUCAUGGCAAGGACCCAUUAGUGGACAUGGCUGUGAAGACAAUGCAUGAGUUCGCUGAGGCAACUGUGCCAGGCAAGUGGCCAGUAGAUAUCAUGCCUUUUCUACAAUAUGCACCAGAAUGGCUUCCUAUCGCGGGUUUCAAACGCACCGCUCGCCAAAUGGCUGCUCAGCUGCAUCAAACGACCGAGCAGCCCUACCAAUUCGUUAAGGAGCAAAUGCGCCAAAACAAGGCCAAAACAUCCUUUCUUUCUCAGGCUAUCGAGAACAUAAAGAGCGACUCAGAUACAGAUAUGGAGCGGAUUCACAAAUGGUCUGCUUCGUCUAUGUAUCUCGGCGGCGCUGAUACCACUGUCUCCUCGCUCAUGACUUUCUUCCUUGCCAUAGCACGGUUCCCAGACGUGCAGACGAAGGCGCAAGAGGAAUUGGAUCGCGUUAUUGGAGACCGGUUGCCUGUAAGCGCAGACCGAAACCAGCUGCCCUAUAUCAGAGCGCUCGUCAGCGAGACCCACCGAUGGCAUCCAGUGGCGCCUAUGGCGCUGCCUCACGCGAGUACCAAGGACGAUGUCAUCAAUGGCUAUAGGAUACCCAAGGGCAGCCUACUUCUUCCAAACAACUGGUGGUUUACCCACGAUCCGUCCGUUUACGAAUCUCCCAUGGAUUUCAACCCCGAGCGUUAUCUGAAGGCAGAGCCAGAGCCCGACCCGCGUGAAUGGAUUUUUGGUUACGGCAGACGAGUGUGCCCAGGCCGAUACGUUGCAGAUAAUGCCCUCUUUCUCACCAUCGCGCAGACACUCGCCGUUUUCAGGAUCGAAAAACUAGUUGAUGAAAAUGGAAAGGUGGUGGAGCCAGAAAUGAAGUUCGAAGCGGGAGUCGUAUCGCAUCCCGUGCCAUAUCGUGUUUCAAUCAAGCCAAGAUCGGAAAAGCAUGGGUUCAUGAUCCGAGAAGCGGAGAAGCAGUACCCAUGGCAAGAGAGCGAUGCAAAGACUCUGGAGUCAGUGAAAUGGUAGAUACGACCAACGUUGCCAUUGAUGGCGGUAUUGUGUAUCGAGG